GCCUUGAUCUCAUGGCCUCCGAGAAUCGACCCCAGCUGGGCCUCAACAUCACCCAGGAGCUCAUAGAUGGCAACAAAUUCAACGUGGAGGUGUUGAUGCUCACCGCCUCGGGGUUCGGGCUCGAUAUGGCCAGCGACGGCAUAUCUUCGCCCCUACCGACACGGCUUUUGCGGAUCUGCCUCUUCCAACAGGUUCCAGUCGCUAACCACCGAUCAGAAGGCCGUCGUGCUCAAAUUCCAUGUCCUCCGGCGAUGCUCAGACGAAGGGAAUUCAUCACCACCAAUCGCGAUUUUAAGGGCUUCUACUUGGUUGCUCUCAUAGUCUCACGCGACUUCUGCGGACAUACAACAACAAAUCAGACACUACCUAUGCUCUCGAUCUCUAUCCAUCCAUCAUUUGAUUGUAAUCCAAAUCUAGCUUUCAUCUACAUUAAGAUUUCCGAUUCAUCUCGCUCAUCCUUUCUCCUCUCUCUUUCUCAAACUAAAUUAGGUUCGUACCCUACAUCCAAACCCCUCUACCUCUAUUUUUUAUAAGUAAUUUCCAAUUAUGCCCUCAUAUGUUAGAAAAAUU